AUGUCGUCCUCCGGUGAUCAGAAUCUGUUGAAAGCAACAAGCAACUCGACGCUCUCCUCCUCCAUCCUGGCCAAACGUAUCCGUAAAACCGCUGGCUAUUCCGAUCUCUCCACUGAUGUAAUUGGGAAUGUCGUCGUCUCUUCCGGAAAAGUUGCCGUGUCCUCCGCUGACAAGGGGAAAGGCACCCUAUCUCUAUGUACUAUGACACCGUCCCGGGUUUUUAUGGACAGUGAUGUCGAAGAGACCCGGUAUUAUCUCAGUUGGCUGAACUCGAACGAGGAUGUUGCUAAUCGAGUUGAAGCACAAGUGGUCACUAAGACUCAGCCCGCGACCCUAGAGGGUCUACUCUCUUAUAUGAAGCUGGCCGAUGCUAAGGCAACCAAAUGGGCUACAACACUUAUGUGCAAAAAAUGUGGGAAGAGUGACAUUGUUGGUGUGCCACAGUACCUCUCCAAAAUCUCUGUCUAUGACCACAGUGAACAGGCCGUAUUUGUUCUCCUUGGUGAUGCUGGCCAGGAGUUGACUGGGAAAAAAGCGUCUGAGUUAGUUGAGAGCUACUAUGAGGCUAAUGAGAAUGUAGGAGCCGAUGACUUAGUUCAUGUGCUGCAGGCUCUGGUUGAUACUAUUGGCCAGACAAGGAAAUUUAUUGUGAAGGUCUCAACCAACAACUUGACCAGCAAGACUCAAGUCUUAACUGUCACAAAAGUGUUACCUCUUGAAGUUGCAGAGCUUGAAGGUGGUUUAGGAGAAAAUGUUGCUAAUGGAGGUGACGAUGGUAUGGAGGAUACUGCAGCUGAGAUGGUCAAAAGGAGUUCGGAUGGGAUUGAAUUGGUUGGGGUCAAGCGUGCCAAAUGUGGCUAA